AAGGAUCUGGCAGUGACCGCGGAGCCACAGAUGCCAAGAGAAAUUCGGUGGUAACGUCAUGCUGGCUUUAACUCCACCAGAUAAUUACUCCACCAUCUACCACUCAAAUAUCACCAUCACCCAAACAACACAUCAUCCUACACUUCCUUCACAAUGGCCUUCAUGCUUCGGCGGCCGUUCGCCAUAACGGCUACGCUGAGACAAGUGUCGAAGCCGUCCCAGCCUCUCACUAUCCGCGCCUUCCACAACUCCACGCCACUCAGACAGCAAUCGUCCAAAACCUCACUCUUCACACCCGCGACGCUCUCUAAAUCGCAAAGCAUCUUCCGCGCCACCUUCCGCCGGAAUUAUCAGCAGACAGCAUACAACCCCGUCGCAAGUCAAGGCGAUUCGCGCCAGCGACUCCUCUAUGGCGCUGGCAUCUUUGGCGCAACCCUCCUCGCCGUGAAUUUGGUCUUCAACCGCGAAACCCGUGAGGACGGCGGCAUGCCGCCCUUCGAGCGAGCAUACUUGAACGACACCUUCAUGCACACCGGUCUGGGUAUUGGUAUCAUCGGAAUCGCUGCCAGGACACUUCACAUGAACGGAUGGAGCUUCCGCUUGAUGAGCGCAAAUCCUUGGGUUGUCCUCGGUGUUGGCCUCGUCGGCAGCAUUGGAACCAUGUACGGAUGCAUGGCAACCAACCCCAACAACUAUGUCCAGAAAUACGGCCUGUGGACCGCCUUCAACAUCACCCAAGCGAUGCUCCUCUCCCCUCUCAUGUUUCUCCAACCCGCACUGCUCGCCCGAGCGGGUCUCUACACGGCCGGAAUGAUGGGCUCCAUCGCCUUCGUCGGCGCGACGGCCAAACAAGAGAAAUACCUAUACCUCGGCGGGCCCCUCCUCGCCGGUGUCGCGGUCGUCGCGCUCUCCGGCCUCGCUCCCAUGGUCGUCCCCGCCACCGCGGCCCGCACCUUGAUGUGGUCUGAGAACAUCUGGCUGUACGGUGGCCUUGCUGUCUUUGGCGGCUUCACCCUGUACGACGUACAGAAGGUGCUUCACCAUGCGCGCAUGGCUGAGCGCGGUCUCAUCCCCAAGGACCCGGUCAACGAAUCCAUCAGCCUCGAAUUGGACUUCAUCAACCUGUUCGUCCGCAUGGUGCAGAUCCUCGGCAUGAGCCAGAACAGGAGGAAGUAGACCGUUCAACCGUAUUCCACUGAUCGCCAUUCAAAAGAGGCAAGGAUUCAUAAAGCACCAAGUA